GCGAAAAGUCAAGCAAGCUAACCUCUAUUUUUAUUGUGCGUAUAUCGCAUCGCACGUGUUGACUUUGUUUGUAGUAUUGUAAUGUCCAUUUACAAUUGAAAUAAUUAAGCACAGCGCUUAAAAUUUACACAACGAGGCCACCAUAUCUCUGCCUAGUUGUGGUAUAGUGCGUAAAUAUCAAACGGUGGUGUAAAAAUAGCGAAAAUGACUGAAGUUCUGCAACCGGGUGCGGAGGUGUUCUCGGAGAAAAAAAAGAAGAAAAACAAGGAAACUGUAACUCUCGGUGCGUUUCAGAAGCUUGGAGACUUUAAAAUUGAGCCCUCGGAAAGCGUGGGUAAGUUGGAUACGGCGUACUGGCCGCUUUUGCUGAAGAAUUUUGACCGACUCAAUGUGCGCACUAACCACUACACGCCUCUGCCGUUCGGCCAUUCUCCAUUGAAGCGUCCGAUCACCGAUUAUAUCAAAUCUGGGUUCAUAAACGUCGACAAACCGAGCAACCCUAGUUCCCACGAAGUUGUGUCAUGGAUAAAAAGGAUUUUGAAAGUGGAAAAAACUGGACAUUCAGGUACCCUUGAUCCAAAAGUUACUGGAUGUCUUAUUGUAUGUAUUGACCGUGCUACAAGGCUAGUGAAGUCACAGCAGAACGCUGGAAAAGAGUAUGUUGCUGUAUUCAGUUUGCAUUCCGCUGUGGAGAGUAUUCAGAAAGUGACGCAAGGUUUAGAAAAGCUACGUGGAGCUUUGUUCCAGCGACCUCCUUUAAUAUCUGCUGUUAAGAGACAGCUCCGAGUUCGUAGUGUGUAUGACAGUAAAUUACUAGAUUUUGACCAGGAGAAGAAUAUUGGCGUGUUCUGGGUGAGUUGUGAGGCAGGAUCCUACAUUCGUACAAUGUGUGUCCACCUGGGACUUAUGCUUGGUGUAGGCGGACAGAUGAUAGAGCUACGACGUGUCCGUUCUGGUAUUCAAGGAGAAAAAGAAGGCAUGGUCACGAUGCAUGAUAUAUUAGAUGCACAAUGGGCAUAUGAAAAUCAUAAAGAUGAAACUUAUAUUCGUAGAGUUAUAAAGCCAUUAGAGGGUUUGCUCAUCGCACACAAGAGGAUAUUCAUCAAAGACAGUGCUGUCAAUGCUGUGUGCUACGGGGCGAAAGUUUUGUUGCCUGGAAUUUUGAGGUACGAAGAUGGCAUUGAAGUAGAUCAGGAAAUAGUUAUAGUGACCACGAAAGGAGAAGCUGUGGCUCUGGCUAUUGCUUUAAUGACGACAUCCACAAUGGCGUCUUGCGAUCACGGAGUGGCAGCUAAAUUAAAACGCGUUAUCAUGGAAAGGGACACAUAUCCUCGCAAAUGGGGUCUCGGGCCGAAGGCUUCACAGAAAAAGCAGUUGAUACAACAAGGGAAACUGGAUAAACAUGGCAAACCUAAUGAGAAUACACCAGCAGAGUGGUUAAACAGUUACGUAGACUACAAAGUAAAGAAGGAGCCUGAGAAUGGAGACGCAGAGGAAGGCAGCCGGAAGAGAACGGCCAGUACAGCAAAUGCAGAUGAUUUAAAUAAUUCAACAGAAGCUAAAUCUGAGAAGAAGAAGAAAAAAAAGAAGCGUGACCAAGAAGAAGGUGCCGGUGAUGCCACUAUGGAAACAGAUGUGACAACUGAAGCCGCAGAUGAUUCCGUUCGUAAAGAGAAGAAAAAGAAAAAGAAGAAGGACAGAGAUCAAGAGAGAACGGACGAGUAAAUGUUUAAGGAUCAAAUAUUAUUAUUAAUUAAGAUGUUAAAUAUGUUCUAGAAGUAAGUUUCAAAAAAACAUUACUAGAUAAGUCAUGUGCUAAGGUCAUAUUAUAGCAGGUGUCCCAAUGCUGAAUAAAUAUAUUUUUGCAGACUUACAGUACAAAUUAAUUAUUUUGAUUAGGAGAUCUGUGAUGUGGAGCACACAGCUGAGUAUAAUCACAGUGAAUUAAACUUCCAAAACAAAUAUAUAUAUAUAUAUAUAUAUAUAUAUAUGAUAAUUAUAAUAUUCUUUCAUGGUCAUAUUAUUUGAAGUAAAUAAAUUGAAAAAUACCCUUUUCUGGAAAAAAUAAAGUUAACACUAGACAAUUAUUGUUUUGAUUAAUGUGAAUUAUAUUAUAUGAUUGUGAUUUAGGUUUAUUAGUGUUGCCAAUAUAUAAAGUUAAAACAUCUUUUUUGUAAUUUUUAUAAUAUGCACCUAUGAACCUAGUGUGACCUAAUGAAUGUGUAUGGAACUUAUACCCUAAAAGUUUUUGAUUAGCUAUUUGAUUAUUGGCUGUACCAAUUUUAAUGGUGCUUUCAUUAGCAGAUAGCUCAGCUUCUGCAUAGUCUAUGUCACAUAGACUUCUUACAACUUCAUAAUUAAAGUCUAAAAAGUAUAUUAUUUUAAGCAUUUAGAAUCAAUAUUUUUUUACAUUUUGCAGAAAUUAUUGGAACUUAACAGGAGUUUGUAAAUAUUGUACUAGAUGUAAUAAAAAUUAUUAAAUUUUUCAGUAGUACUAGAAAUAUAUGCUAGCAUAAUAUGCACCACAUAUAUCUAAUAAUUAUAAAUCUAUGUUAACCUGAAACCUUAUAAUUUUUUUAAGGAAUGACUUUAUGGCAUGCUGCCUCAUACAGCCAAAAUUAGUACAAAAGUUACAUAAUUUUUUUUUGGUAGUAAAUUUUCUACUUACAAAAAAAAUUUAUGUAAUAUAUUUUAUUUUUGACUAAUCUCAAACAAUGCCAGCCAGUGUGUUUUGAUUUUUCUAUAUUAUCUGUGGCUAGAUAUUUCUUAAAACGGGUGACCGUUGCAUUUUUAAUGUCUGCAAUUUCCUACUAUGGCUUUUAUGCAUAGUGUUAGUUUUAUAAGUGAAGAGUAUGAUGUUUUAUUAUUGUAUAAGACAAGUUGGUUAUCAACAUUAAAAGUUUUUAAAAAUA